CUGAACUCUGAAGCGAGUGAGUCAGUGAGUGCUAGUCAGUUAGUCAACCUUCCCUUCUCACUUCAUCUAACUAUGGUCUGAAGAGGAAACCAUGAAUCUCCGAGGCGUUUUUCAAGAUUUCAACCCUAGUAAGCUCCUGAUCUACGCCUGCCUGCUGCUCUUCUCUGUGCUGCUGUCGCUGAGGCUGGAUGGCGUCAUCCAGUGGAGCUACUGGGCGGUGUUUGCUCCCAUCUGGCUCUGGAAACUCAUGGUCAUCAUUGGGGCUUCCGUGGGCACCGGGGUUUGGGCGCACAACCCACAGUACAGGGCUGAGGGUGAGACCUGCGUGGAGUUUAAGGCCAUGCUGAUCGCUGUGGGGAUCCACCUCCUCCUGCUCACCUUCGAGGUGCUGGUGUGUGACCGUGUGCAGCGGGGUUCACACUUCUGGCUUCUGGUCUUCAUGCCGCUCUUCUUCGUCUCGCCCGUCUCAGUGGCGGCGUGCGUGUGGGGAUUCAGGCACGACCGGUCGCUUGAGCUGGAGAUCCUGUGCUCUGUAAAUAUUCUUCAGUUCAUCUUCAUCGCUUUGAGACUGGAUAAGAUCAUCAGCUGGCCGUGGUUGGUGGUGUGCGUACCGCUGUGGAUUCUCAUGUCCUUCCUGUGUCUGGUGGUGCUCUAUUACAUUGUCUGGUCUGUGCUCUUCCUGCGGUCCAUGGAUGUCAUUGCCGAGCAGCGGCGCACACACAUCACCAUGGCAAUCAGCUGGAUGACCAUAGUGGUGCCCCUGCUUACCUUUGAGAUUCUUCUCGUUCACAAGCUGGAUGGUCAUUAUAACUCCAGCUACGUCCCGGUGUUUGUUCCCCUCUGGGUUUCUUUGGUGACUCUAAUGGUGACAACAUUUGGCCAGAAAGCAGGCAAUCACUGGUGGUUCGGCAUUCGGAAAGACUUCUGCCAGUUUCUUCUCGAACUCUUCCCCUUCCUGAGGGAGUAUGGCAACAUAUCCUAUGACCUGCACCACGAGGACUCCGAGGUGUCCGAGGAAUUGCCCAUCCACGAGGUGCCUAAAAUCCCUCCCAUGCUUCGUAAGAAGACGGGUGUGGUGGUCACCCAAAGUCCUGGGAAAUACUUUGUGCCGCCUCCCAAACUGUGCAUCGACAUGCCGGACUAACAUUCAAAACUCUGUCCUUGUUCGGCUGUUCAUGAACCGUAUAGCACUAUGUGCUGGGCUCCGCUUCAGGAUGUACCAUUUACGAAGAAAAAUCCAAUCUACACAGAUGCUUCUCCUGAGACUCUUAAGGAAAGACUCUUGAGCUCAAAUACUGGCUCCCAAGCGUUUUGUAUACCAUAGCCUUGUGUCUGUAAAAUCCAUAGAUGGGACCUGUUGCCUUCUGGAGCGGAUGUUUGAACUUUCCAGACAACUCAAAGUCAAAGGACUCGCCGAGAGACUGUAAUCUGUAAAUAAGCAAAGUGUUUCGUUUUUUACCAGUUGUGUGUUUUCUGUAUUUUAAAUCCAUGUGUGGUGUAGGCAUUCAGUUACUCAUCCGUCGGUCUUAGCUACAUCCAAACAUUCGUUCUGAAUCUGCGAGAUUUUUCUCUGUGGGAAUACACGACGGUUCCUCAUUUCCACUGUGAUUGCAGCCUUUUCUGUGGAAGAAAAUCAUUGGUAUAAAAGCGUUAUUUACGUCAAUCAUUUCUUCAUCUGAUAGGCUGCUACCAUAUGUGACUGAGGCUAGCCAAUGAAAACCAUUAGAAGAUUGAUGUUUUCAAUGCAGAACUCUCCAGACUUUCACUCCAGUGUGAUACAUAUUGACUUCACACCCCGUACAGUUAGUAGGUAACCUUUCUUGAAAAUAUAACCACUACCUGUAUGUUCUCUGUCAUUUCAGUCCAUUGAGUUGGCCUCUUACAGUAACAGUUUUCUUUUAAUCCCCUUUUAAUUGCUAUUUAAGUGUUGACCAGUUGCAGUAUGUUGCCUAUAUCCUACACCCAGAUCUGAAAACUUGUAUUUUUAUGUUGGAUACUGUCAUGCAAGACCAUAUGAAAUAUUGCCCUCUUGUUCAAUGGCUAGCAGACAUUUACUUAAUUCACUUUCUCAGCUGGUCUGAGUGAAUAGCCAUAGAAAUGUGGAUGUGGACCAAUAUUACGGUUUCAUUCCCCACUGUACACAUUUACCACUCUCGACGUCCAGUGUGUCCAUUCCUUUGUAAAGGCAAGACAUACCGUAGCUCUCGACAGUGCCUCACAUUAAAAUGUUAUCAUGCAAAA